CCUCCCUCACAUCCUUCUUCCUUCCCACCGUGUCCUCAUAACCCUCCCUCACAUCCUUCUUCCUUCCCACCGUGUCCUCAUAACCCUCCCUCACAUCCAUCUUCCUUCCCACCGUGUCCUCAUAACCCUCCCUCACAUCCUUCUUCCCUCCCACCGCAGAGCGAUGCCAAGCUCAUAGGCACACUGGCCCGCAGUGCCCCCUCCACCUCCUCCUCCUCCACCUCCUCCUCCACUGCUGCUGCUGCGCUGCUGAGCGCCAACGUGACCCACGCGGCGCUCGCUCUGGACGGCCAGCUGCUCACCUGCUCCUGGCUGCCGGGCCGGGACCCGCUGCUGCAGUGGGUCCACCCGGUUCAGCGCACCGGCUGCGAGGUGCCCGGAGUGGGCCCCCUGCUGGCCGGCCUGGCUCGCCCCUUGGCAUGCGACUACGACGGCAACAUGGUGGUGCUGGGCUGCGAGGACGGCACCGUGUGGGUUUGGGGCCUCCUGACACCCCCUUCCCCCCCACCUCCCCCACAACAACAGCCCCAGCCCCAGCAGCAGCAGCCAUCACAACAGCCCGAAAUCGGUCACUGGCGGGGGUAUCACAGAGGGGCCGUCGGCGCCGUCGCCUGCCUGCCGCUGCGCCGCCAAGUCGCCUCCGCCGCCGCUGACGGCGCCGUCAAGCUCUGGGCCGCGGCCGACGGCGCGCUGCUGUCUGUCGUACGGUUGGGCUGGCAGGUGACGGCGUUGUCGGUGUGCGAGGCGGCGUUGGUGGCGGGCGGCGCUGGUGGGCAGCUGCAGCUGCUGGUGCUGCUGCCGCCGGAGGAGGGGGCUGCUGCUGCUGCUACUGCUGCUACUGGCGAGGGAGGCGGCGUGGAGGGCGGUGGUGAUGGGGACGUGCAUGAGGGUGGGGCGCGUGGUGGCGAAGAGGGUGAGGAGGGCAGGCAGGCGGCGGCAAGGGCGGGGCCGGGAGCUGCGGUGGCGGCCCGAAGGCCGACGGAGGAGGAGCGAGAGGAGGCGAGGAAGCCGCCGGCGUCAGCAGCGGAGGUGACACGUUACGAGUACUGUUUUGACACUCGGGCGCCUGGGAGGGCUGCUGCGGGUGGAGGUGGAGGCGGCGGGGGUGCAGGAAGCGGGUUUGGAGUGGCGGGCCGGGCGAAGGAUCACCCGGAGGCGUUUGCUGCGUUUGUUCCGCCGUUGCGGGAAGUGACGCUGGAGGAUCUGCAACAACAACAACAACAACAACAACAACAACAGCAAGGGCAAGGGGCUGACGGCAGCGGAGGAGGAGCAGCAGCAGCAGCCAGCAGUGGGGAGAGUAAUGGCGGCGGCAGCAGCAGCAGCGGGGCCGCCGCCUCCUCCUUCAACACGCGUGCGGCCCUCAAGGGCGCUCAACGCAGUGCUGCGGAUGAGGCGACAACCCAAGCAGCGGAGGAGGAGGCGAAGCGCGCGCAGCUGCGAGCCAUGGGUGAGGGGCCCGGCGUGGCUCGCAGCAGGGCGGCCGUGCGGCUGGCGGGAUCCUCCGCGGCGGUGUUGGGGCGUAAGUGCGACAACCCCUCGUGCUUGCAGCGAGAGGGGGUGCUGGAGAGGCAGCUUGGAGGAGGGGGAGCGGGAGGAGGAGGAGCGGGAGCAGCAGCAGGGGGCGGGUUUAAGAGGUGUGGGGCGUGCAAGAGCGUGUGGUAUUGCUCGACGCAUUGUCAGUCAACCCACUGGCGUGACGGCCACAAGCGGGAGUGCGCGCAGCUGGCUGAGGCGUGGAGGCGGCAGCAGCAGCAGCUGGAGCAGGAGCUUCGUGAUGAGCAGCAGCAGCAGCAGCUGAAGGAACAACAGGCGGAGCAGCAGCAGCAGGAGCUUCGCCAGGAGCAGCAGCAGCAGCCACAACAACAACAACAACAACAACAACAACAUCAACCAGAACUACAAACAGGGCAACUGCAGCAGCAGCAGCGGCGGCAACCGGAGCUGCCAGCAUGUCGUCAACAUGCACCCUUGGCGUCACCUCCGUCACAGCCGUGUUCUUCAGCUUCAGCUCCCGAAGCAGCAGCGGCCCCGGGGGAGACAACCCCGGCAGCAGCGGCGGCAGCAGGUGCAACAGCUGCGCCUGCCCAUGGGUUGCCCCUGGUGACCGGAGCAGGGGGGCAAAGCGGCGCUGGGGCGGCGCCGGACGGCAGCGGGCGGGCUGAGGGGCGGGAUAUUGUUGCGCGUCCCAUUGUCCCUCCUGUAGGGGCGUCGGCACCGGCCUCGGAGGUACGGACCUCGCCGGUUGGAGUAACAACCAGCAGCGGGAGUAGCGGGCCGUCGCUGUCAGCAGCGGCGGCGUUAACGGCUGGGACUUACCCGGGGGAAGUGGGCAGGGUUGGAGGAGGUGUAGGGGCGAGCAGUGGGUCGGGUGCGGGUGUUGCGGGUGCGGGUGUGGCGAGGGUUGGGCCCCCUGGGCGGCGACUGCUCAGUGAAUGUCUGGAUGAAAUGGACUGAGUGAGCGCAGGUUGUGGCUUGCAGGCUGGAGUGGAUUGGCUUGGGCUGCUGUAACUUGCGGACUGGUUGGUCGACAGGUGGGGCCGUGGCGUGCAAGUGGUGUUUGGGUUUGCAAUCAUGCGCUGCGGGUUUGGGUGGUCCACAGGAAACGGCUGCUUUCUUCGGUCGGGCGGGCUUAAAUACUUAUUAAAGGCCAAGGUAAGAAGGUGAUGAGGGACAUGUGUGCGAAGAGCGCCUCUUGAUACCUCGCGUUCGGACCCAUGGGUCACUUGUGCUUGCAAGGCAGGCUGUGAAGAUACUGCGGCCCUCCUACGUUCGCGGUACGAAGCGCGUUGCGGCUUUGAUAUCAGCCACAGCAGAGCGUGAGUUUUGCAUAGCUUCAUGUUUUGCUAACAAUGCUCCCAUUCGAAAUAUCCUUGGUUUACCAGCCGAUUGCUCCAAAGCAUUCCGGAGUAAUAAUGAAUACAAUGCCGGAUGUUAGCCGCCUGUAGGUAUGCUUGGCAAACCAGACAAACGUUGCGCUGCAGCUUUUGCACCAACCUGUUCACCCCUGGUUGCGAUCAGUUUUGCAUGAGCAAAGUAACAACUUGAGGCAACACGUUGUUUUCUUAACUAACC